UAGAUAUUCGUAGUUAAUCUACGUGUUUACUUCUUAAUAUAGUGGGUAUUUAUAAUAUUUAAGGGGAAAAUACAGGACCUAAAUAUCAUAGUGUAUUUGCAACAAUUUACUGUAUAUAAAUACAAUUCGAUGCAUACGAACAUCAAAUUUAUAUGGAAAAUAUGGCUGCUGCAGACGUGAAAAGUAUCAGUAACGAAGUGGAUGGAUUAAAUCUGAACGAUAACGAAAAUGCAAAUGAAACUGGUGCUUUAAAUGAUAAAGAGGAACCACAAACGAAGGGAGGAAGACUUCCAAUCGUGAGAGAAGAUGUUAAUUUACCAAAUGAUUUUAAGGAAAAACUCGCCUUUGUCUUGUACAAUGUUCUUACUAAAGAGGAGUGUGAAGACUACAUUAAGAGGACGGAAAAGAUGGGAUACGAGGAUGCCCUUGUUAAUGUCGGUGGUGGUAGGCAAAAGAAAAUGACGGAUGUCCGCAACAACACGCGCUGCAUCUGGGACACUACAGAGGAAGCUGACCGGAUAUGGCAGAGAAUCAAAGAGCACGUGCCUAAAGAGUUUCAAAAACGCAAGGUGCUCGGUCUCAAUGAAAGACUUAGGUUCUUGAAGUACAAACCUGGAGAAUAUUUCAAGCCACACCAAGACGGAUCGUAUUUCAGAGAAAACGGAGAAAAGAGUUUCGUCACCAUCCAGCUGUACCUGAACGAGGGAUUCCAGGGAGGAAGUACAACAUUCAUGAACUUUAAUUUAAAAAAUCCAGUGGAAGUCGUCCCUAAAACAGGCAGCAUUCUGGUGUUCCAACACGACAUCAUGCACGAGGGUUCGUUGCUAAAGAAGGGAAAGAAAUACACGAUGCGAACUGAUGUCAUGUACUCGGCGACGAAGGGCUCCUGAAAACACACUGUUUGGUGGACCGUAGUAUGCAAGUGAUGCCAAUGAUACAUAUAAUAUGACUACCCACGUGUCCUCUUGACUUGCAGACAGAACAUAAUUUGCGUGACAGAUACCGCUUAUUGUGAAUAUGAUUGACUGUGUCGCCACGCUCUUGUCUUUCCAUCGAAACUAAAGUCAGUUAGGAAUUUGCGACAUGUCAGUUGUGGUUUCAUUUUAUUUAUACUAUUAGGUAAGGACCAUCGUGGAAUGGUUGGAUUUUUUGUCCUGAGAGUCACUUGUAUUAGUAUUUGCAAUACAUUGUUCAUCGUCGGAGGAGUAGUGUUCAUUUUACAGAAUACGUUGACAGAUAUUGUUUAUAAUACUGUUAUAUUUGUUAUCCUUGUACUAUAUUUAAUUACAUUAGCAUUUUUAAUAAACGUUGAUAAUUGU